CGCCUAGGCUCGGCUUGGCCCAGCCCUGCCCUUCCCGGCGCCGCCCGGCUGAGCCCCGGGACGCUGUCCGCGGUGCGGGUGUUAGACUGAAAAGAAAUGAAUGUCAGAGAGGAUUUAUUUAGUCAUUUAACAGCUGACACAAGCCAUGUCCCUAACAAAACAGUGAUGAAAGAGUAGAAGAUUUCUGGGAUACAGCAGCUCCAGUACCGUGAAGCCGCUUCCGCGGGUCAGGGACAUCUGCUGAAGGAUGCGGUAGCCCAGGAGUCAGGGCUUGCAGAGACAAGGUUGAUGGCUUGCAUGGAGCUUCUUUACUUGGCAGAGGAGAGCAGGCAGGCAUCCCUGGGCACCGCUACGGACUGGAGGCUGCCUUCCCCUCCCUGCGAGCAGCAGCAGCAGCAUGAGGGGGGUGAAGUGGACCCCAGAACAGCCGCUGCAGUGGCAGCCCUGCACUGUGAAAGGCAUUGCAAGCCCCUUCAGAGGGGCCCUGUGGCUGAGCCCCCCUUGGCACCCCAGCCGUCUCCCCCAGGGACCUCACCCUGGGAGCACCCAGCACCCUCCGGCACGUCCCAGCCCUGCCACCCGCCUGAGCACCUGACCAGGAAUGAGGAUGGAGGGAAGAAGAAAGCCUGCUGCUGUGCCCAGGAACUCGAAACGUCAUUCACCUAUGUGGAUGAAAACAUAAACCUGGAGCAUGCAAGUGCCCUCAGUCCUCCAGGCAGCCACUGCCAGGAUGCCCCUCUGCAGCAGCAUUCCUGCAGGGAGCUGCCACCCGAGUGGGUGCAUGAUUCUCCUUCCCUGGUCUCUGAGGAGGAAGACGCUGCCUCAGAGGUGGCAGCCGGGAAGUCUGUGGACUAUGGGUUCAUCAGUGCCAUUUUGUUCCUGGUUAGUGGCAUUUUGCUGGUGAUCAUUUCCUAUGUGGUACCCAGAGACGUGACUGUGGAUCCCAACACAGUGGCUGCCCGGGAGAUGGAGAGGCUGGAGAAUGAGAGUGCUAGGAUUGGGGCUCACUUGGACCGCUGUGUUAUCGCUGGGCUGUGUCUUUUAACUCUGGGGGGUGUGGUGCUGUCCAGCCUGCUGAUGGUGUCCAUGUGGAAAGGGGAGAUGUACCGGAGGAGCAGGUUUGCAUCCUCCAAGGAGUCUGCAAAGCUCUAUGGGUCUUUCAAUUUCAGAAUGAAGUCUGGUGCAAAUGAUAACAUGCUCGAGCUGUCGUUAGUUGAGGAAGAUGUGCUUGCCAUAGAUAAUUAGCAUGGUCAUGAUUUUUAAGGCAGCAUUUCUACAGGAAAAUAUGUUUCAUUAAAGAAAACAGAUGUGGCUAAAGAUAGCUGGUGAUGCAGUUUAUUUGUCUGACAAAAAUCUUUUUUUUAAGCUCUAUAAUGAAUGUUUGAAGCAUAUGAGCCCUUGUAAAGGGAAAACGUGCCAGAGAAAUUGCAACUGAUAUAAAAUAAUGAAAACCACUGAAUAAAAAGAGAUUUGUGAUAAGUAGGUUCCUCAGAUACUCGUUAAUCCUAAUAUGAAACAUUCCAUUGGUGUGUUGUCUAUAUCAUUUUCUUAUUACUCCAGUAUAGAACAAGAAUGACCUUGACACUUUGGAGGCUGUUAAUUAUUUCAGCCUGCAGGACUGUGAAUAGUCUACGUGGUAGACUGUUAAGAAGCAAGACCCAUAUUCAAACAGCAGGGCUAAUAUUUAAUUGAGGAAUGCUUUUUUAUCCUUUAAUUUUAAGCUGAUCCCUUCUGUUGCGUGAGACCUAAGGGAAGAAAGAGCACCACUUGGUCAUGACUUACUACAAACCUCCCAUAUUUUCAAACAAUGGUACAAUUAGGGAUGAUUAUUUAGAAUAUAAAAUAAGAGGCAAAGGGCAGGGAACCAUAUGGAUCAUGGUAGUGGUAAGAGACAAAAGGCUCUUUCAGCUGAGGUCAGUGGCUCCAUUUCAGUUCAGAUUAGGAAUGAUUGAUAGUCAUUAACUUCUGAUAACUAUAGUGACCCAUAUAAAAGAAGUUUAGUUCCUAGUGGACAGAUGUCUUUGUAUGAAAACUGCCAUAACUUGAAUUAACUGACCUCUUGUUUGGAGUCUCAAAAGGCCCAAAGUGAAAAAACACGGGGAUGCUGAGACUGAACACGUCUCCUUCAGCAUGGAUGCCAGAAGAAAUUCAAGCUCAGCUGCAGGGCUGUGCUUAUAUGGGGACUGUCUACAUCUUACUAGUCCUUUUGAAACUUCAGUUUUGUAUCACCAGGCUGUCAGCCUUCUCAUAACCAGCAAGGAAAGGUCAGGAAGGAGCUUUCUGGGGCUCUGUCAAUAAAAACCACUUCAUUUGUAAAAAAAAAAAAUCAGUUGUUGGGAAAUACAAAGGUCAAACAUCAGGCAGUUUACUGGCUGAUGUGGGACUCACUUAACAUAGGGGUGAUCGAGAGUAUGUGUUGUUAUUUAAUCACAGUUCUGUGGCACAGUAGCCAAAAACCUGUACUACUGAUGCUAUUCACUUUGUUAUCAAUCAGUUUCUGUGGAACAUUAAGGGUGUGUUCUUGCAGUGCUGAGAAAACCAACGAAGAUUGAUGUAUAUAUCACUGUCAGUUCCUACUGAACAGUGGUUAGUAUACCUGUAUGUCCUGUUAAUAUAUAUGUAUGUGUCCCUGCCAAAUCCAAACAUGAGUGAAGAGCUCUGUCUGUACAAUCCCUGACUGCAGAGUCUUAGUAGAAACCUGUGAUUCACUGUCACAGCCUCGUCAGUUGUGGGCUAAGUCUCAAAUAUCAGGAAUAUUGAGUAUUUUUAACAUGAUACUGGGGUUGUUUUUUUCCACACUGUGACAUACCUGAGAAGAGUUCUCUUGGGGAAGGAGAUCUCCUUUGUGUCCCCCUUUUCCCAGGAAUAUGUGGCAGCAUGAGUUGUCAGCAUAACAAGUGUCAGUUGGAAAUGUGGGGUCUUCAUGCAGAGAGACUGAAGGCUGUUUUGCCUCCUCAUUCCCUCUUCCCUGGGUGUUUGUGUCAGGAGGCAUGUGCAGCACCGGAGUCUGGCACUCACUCAGUUCAGUCCCUCCUGCUUGCCAGCCAUGGGUGAUGGCACGGGUGCCUUCGACCAAGGGUCCAAGGAGCAGUCCUGCUCCAGGCUUGUGCCUUUGGUCACUGUAAAUAGCAUAGUGUGGUACCCAGGCUUUAGUGUUGGCCCUGCAAAAGAGAUGCUGCUUCAGAUGUUAGCUGGUCUAACUGCUGCUUUAGUUCAGUGUUAUUUGGUAGUUAAAUGAGCAGUCUUAUUAGGUGGUGCUGCUGUCUCAUAGAUGAUUUUGCCAUGUGGAGUGUGUUUGCAGGCAAGAACUCAACAGUGGCCAGCACCUCCAUUGUCAUCUUCGGAGAGCUUAUGUCCCUGUGGAUGUGUCAUCAGGAAUUCAGGAUUGAAUUUCUAGGGUAAAUAAAUGGAAUAGCUUCCAAAUGUAAGGAGAAGCCUUCAGCCUGUUGUGAUAGGUGAGAGUGGGGAAGGAAGUAACCUGAGAAGCAGGAGGAGGAAGGCUCCUUAUUAGCUGGCGUUUGCCAGCUGGUGGGUACGUGGACAUUGCCUGUGGGGCCUGACACACUGCUCAAGAUGGGGUAGGGAGGACAGCACUGCCUCUUGUCCUGGCCCAAGGAUGGCAAGCAGCUGAAUGUGGCCUCCAGAGGCCCAAGGAAAGCCUUGCCAAGUAAGAGGGCAAAUGGUGCUGAGCUGGUGGCAGCAAGAUGAUGUGGGACAGGGGACAGUGCUGUGGGGGAUGAAAACCCUUUCACCAGCCUGGGUCCCUAAUGGGAAUUGCUGUUCUCACCUUCCUGACAGUAGCUCUAAAUUGAGGCUGGUGGUUUUAAGAGCCAUUAUUUUUAUUUUGUAAUGGUACACGUUCAUAAAAUUGGAGUGCAUUCUAUUAUUGCAGAAAGAUGACAGCUAACACUGUAAGGAUCACAGGUUUCUUGUAGGAACCAUGGCAUGCCUUAAUGCUGAUUAUUAGCACUAGAAAAGGGAACGCUCCCCUGACUGUCAGUAUAUUAUUAUCAAGUGAGAAGUUUUCUGACACUUUGUAAAAUGCCUGUCACAGAUCAUGAGCCUGCAAUAGUUAAAUGAACCCUCAAGUUUUCCCCAAGCAUUCUGAGGUAAUGUAAGUCAACCUAAUAAUCUAAAUAGACACUGCAGGAGUGUGAGGAGUAAGCAAAUUUCAGUAACAGGACUAACAGUUUAUUUUGGUGUUUGUGUGUGCUGUGGAAGAGAUGAAGGAAGGCAAAGUGCAGGAGUUUAGCAGAUAAAACUCUCAGGACAUUUCUCUGAUCACCCAGCAAGAUACCUGUACACAUUACAGGACUGUGUGGCUUGGUGGUACGAUAUAAAACCUCUGGACUCUCAGGUUCUCGUGCUGUGUGAUGCAACAGAGACCACAACACUUGCUAUCUGGUGGCUGAUGGUAGAAAAUGAAUGUAUUUGCCCAGUGGACGAGCCUUUGCAUCGUUCACCUCACACGAGAUGGUACCAAAGGCUGAGGCCAAGGGAGAUUAAUUGCCCUCUCAUACGCCAUUGCAGUUUGAUUUCCCCUGCUCAAAAUUUAAAUGCUUUAAGAGUACAAGCAUGAUUAAAAUCAGGUUGGGUGUUUUUCCUUGCUUGGGUUAAAGUUGUCAUGUGGAUCACUGGAGAGCUUUCUUCUGUGGGGAUCUAACUCUUGGGGCAUAGCAGGUGGGUUUUAGGUGAGCCCUGGAGUACCCCAGAGCAUACCAGGAUUUGUGCCCUCAGUCAGUUUAUUUCUGUCAGUGAAGCGUGACAGUUUCCUGUGUUCUACCUCAUGACAUAUCUGUGUGCCAGGGCCUGCCUGCCGAAGGGGACCCAGGGGUCUGCAUUAGGGCUGGAGAUGCCAUGUGCUGUGAUGAUGCUCCCCUGUGGCGAGGUGCUGGUAGCCUGCGGCUGGCUCCCCUCUCCUCAAACAGCUCCCAGUGACCCAUUUGCUCAGUUUCUGUCCCUUUAGCUGUCUGAGGCCAAGGCUGCCAUUUGGGAACUGCCUGGCACCAGCUGGGGACUCGCACCCAAAAAGAGUGACUCCACAGAGUCCCAGCUCCACCAGGCUCCCUGGCCUGCCAGUCUUGCCUUCUUGCUGCCAGACCCAUACCAGCCCCACAGCAAGAAUGCCUGAGACUCUCUCCUAGGAAGCCACGCUGGGUUGUUGCUGGGUUUUAUAUGUUUACAGUUUUUUAAUCUUUGUAAUUCUUUUAAAAAUCUGUCUGUAAUGAAUAUAAAGUUUACCGACUGGGAAAGCGACUGGUUUAAUGUUGUAAAACUCCUUUUUGACCCACAACAGGGCAAAACGUCACAGUCCAUCAUGAGCUUUUCAAUAGUGUGUUUCAUGCCUUAUUAUGAUAGCAACAGCGUUCUGUACAGAUAGACAAAUAAAAGUCUGUAAAGCUGAGUGCUGCUGCCAUGCUCCUCUUUGCUCCUUGCUGAACAUCCAGUUGCAGUGGUUGGCUCUUCAUCCCCAUGCCAUGGGUGCCUUGUCCUCAGCUUCUGGGAACUGUGGCAUGGCAGGGCCCGAUCUGGCUGCUCCAGCACACCGUGCUUGUCCUCAGCUCACCCAGUGGCUGUGUCCCUGACAGCUGGUCCAUCCAGUUGGAAAGCACCAGACAACGCAGGCUUCCAGACUGCUGCACCAGUGUCCCACCUAAUUCCGGGUAACAAAAAGGCAAAGAGGAAAGAAGGAAGAUGGGCCCAGCCAGGGCUGUGUGAGCAGGAAGCUGGGGAGGUGCUGUGGUGGGAGGUGGGUGUCGAGCCCCUGCCCACCAUAACCCUGUGCAUCACCACUUGCCACAUCCUCACCCCAUGGCUUGGCCAUGGCCAAGGUGGGACAGCAGAUGGUAUCAGGCCCAGCACCGGCCGUGGUUACAAUGGUGGGUGUGAGGUCCCCAGAACGCGCUGGUGGUGGUGGGUGAUGUGGGCAGAGGCAGGAGCAGUGCUCCCAGACGGCUGCAGGCUGGGCAUGGCUGCCUCAGUGAUGGCUUCACCUCUGCUUCUAUAAGGGAUGCCAGUCACCUUUGACAGACUCUACUGCCUCCCAAAUGCAACAGUAAGGUAUGCCAUGAGGAAUGGUAACCAUGGCUGGAAGAGCUCUUGAGAGGUCCUUUUCCAGUCUUCUGGAGCUUCAUUCACUCUCCAUCAUACCUCAAGUAUAAUUGCUCAUGGCUGUGAAAUUACUUCACUUGGUUCCCUGAGCACUCUGGGGUGAAUUUUAUGAGGCUUACCUGAUUUGAAGAUAUGUAAUGUAUCUGUGUAGCCUCUUUUUCUGCUCUUUACGCAGUCUAAGUUCUUAAUAAGUUUUAAAGUCUGUGGAUUGUCUCAAUCGGUUUAUAUUUUUUUUUUUAGUGAGUUAAAGAAAAAAUAGUAGUCUGAAGCACUUCAGCCUUCUCAGUGUCAUUUUCAGUUGUGCUUCUCUGUCCCUCCCACAAAGCAGAAAACACAUUCUUUGUCUUUUUUUCUUUCUAGUAUGAAUAUAGAGUAGUUCCUCAGGACCUUUUUUCUUUUCUAGCAGGAUCUCAUUUGCUGUCCUUG